AUGCCGAAGCCAAAACAGGACUGGAAAUUACUUGUGAGCCAUAGCCUUGUGGGCUACAUAUGUGAUCACGAUGUUGUUAUCAUUGGUGGUGGUGUCGCUGGUUACGUCGCUGCUAUCAAGGCUGGACAGGAAGGUCUGAAGACCGUCUGUAUCGAGAAGCGUGGAAAGCUCGGCGGUACCUGCUUGAACGUCGGAUGUAUCCCUUCCAAGUCCCUCCUCAACAGCUCCCAUCUUUACCACCAGAUCCUUCACGAUACCCAGAAGCGCGGUAUCGAGGUCGGUGAAGUUAAGCUUAACCUGGCUCAGAUGCUCAAGGCCAAGGACGCUUCCGUUGACGGUCUCACCAAGGGUAUUGAGUACCUCUUGAAGAAGAACAACGUUGAGUACGUCAAGGGUGCUGGAUCGUUCGUUGAUGCCAACACUGUCAAGGUUGACCUGCUCGAUGGUGGUGAGCAGACCGUCCGUGGAAAGAACAUUAUUAUUGCCACUGGCUCCGAGGCCACUCCCUUCCCCGGCCUGAACAUCGAUGAGAAGCGCAUCAUCUCCAGCACUGGUGCUCUUUCUCUCCAGGAGGUCCCCAAGAAGAUGGUCGUCAUUGGUGGUUGUAUUAUCGGUCUUGAGAUGGCCUCCGUCUGGUCUCGUCUCGGUGCUGAGGUUACCGUUGUUGAGUUCCUGGGCGCCAUCGGUGGACCCGGUAUGGAUGCUGAGAUCGCCAAGCAGUCACAGAAGAUCCUUGCCAAGCAAGGCAUCAAGUUCAAGACCGGAACUAAGGUUGUGAAGGGGGACGACAGCGGUGCCCUCAUCACUCUCGACGUUGAGGCCGCUAAGGGCGGAAAGGAGGAGACCUUGGAGGCUGAUGUUGUGCUGGUCGCUAUCGGCCGUCGCCCUUACACCGAGGGUCUGGGUCUUGAGAACAUUGGCAUUGACAAGGACGAGCGCGGCCGUCUCGUUAUCGACCAGGAGUACCGUACCAAGGAGUCUCACAUCCGUGUGAUCGGUGACGUUACCUUCGGUCCCAUGCUCGCCCACAAGGCUGAGGAGGCCGUUGCUGCCAUCGAGUACAUCAAGAAGGGGUGCUAA